GCAGGCGCUGGAGAGGGUUGGUUCCGGGGCUGCCCGAGCGCACGUGACACGGGGCGGAGCCCGAAGGCGCGAGACGCGGGGGCGGGGCCCCAGGGACGCCCCGGGGAUCCCCGACCGCCCUGCCCUGUGGUCCUUCCGGCUCUCGAACCCCGCGCCCCCGAGGAAGGGCGAUCGAGACUAGCCUUCACCCCGCAGAGCCGGCAGUGGCUGAGCGCCGCAGGGGCCCGUUCGGGCCCAGGCUGUUCUUGCCCGAGCGCCUCGUCGCGCUCCCUGCUCCGUCAUGGCGAGGGUCUGGCUCUGCGCGGGGGGCGCGGGCUGCUUGCUCGUUUUUCUGGUUUUGCAUUCGCAUCUUUCUGGCUCUCCGGUUUUAAGGGACUUUGUGUUUCAAAUUUCCUGGAGAACUGAGGACGUUCUCUACAGGCUGGACGUGGGCUGGCCCGAGCACCCCGAGUACUUCGCCGGAGCAACGUUCUGUGUUGCGGUGGACUCCCCGAACGGGCUGGUGUACGUGGCCCAAAGAGGGGAUGACGUCCAGAAGGUCUUGGUGUUCACGGAGGACGGGUAUUUCCUGCGUGCUUGGAACCACACGGUGGACACGCCCCACGGCAUGUUCGCCGCCAGCACCCCGCAGGAGCCGGCGGUCUGGAUCACGGACGUGGGAAGCGGACCCUUUGGCCACACUGUUAAGAAAUACGACUCCUUCGGGGAUCUCGUUCAAGUCUUGGGGACCCCGGGCCAGAGCGGCGCCGGCCUGAACCCCCUGCAGUUCGACAGCCCCUCGGAGCUGUACGUGGAAGACUCAGGAGACAUCUACGUCGUGGAUGGGGACGGAGGGCUGAACAACAGGCUGAUCAAGUUGUCCCAAGAUCUCACGGUGCUCUGGCUGCGCGGAGAGAGGGGGACGGGGCCCGGCGAGUUCCACGUACCCCACAGUGUCACCGUGGACUCCCUUGGCCGGGUGUGGGUCGCCGACCGGGGAAACAAGCGAGUCCAGGCCUUCGAGCGGGACACCGGGGCCUGGCUGGGAGCCUGGGACGACUGCUUCGCGGAAGAGGGGCCCUCCUCCGUCAGGUUCACCCCCGACGGGCAGCACGCGGUGGUGGCCCAGCUGAACCUCAGCCGGCUGCUGUUCCUGGCCGCGCCCCCCGUGGGCAGCAUCGGCUCCUGCUCCGUGCGGCGCUCCAUCCAGCUGGCCGAUCAGGUCUCGCCCCACCUCCUGGACGUCAGCGGGCGCACCGGAGCCAUCUACGUCGCGGAAAUCGGAGCGAGACAAGUGCAGAAGUACGUCCCUUGGAAAAGCUACUUCCCGUCCUUCCAUUUCUGACGCUGGUUUGCCUGGAGAGCUUCCGAGCGAAAGCUCAGAUUCUCAGACUCACCGUCCAAGUGCCUAAAAAUAACGUUCAAGUGCAAGAAUUCACUUCUUUGUUUUUACCUGAUCUGGUAUCAGAAAAGUUGUUUCUGUGUCAUUAAUAGUUGCAUGUUGCGCUGCCAUUUUUGUGACUGAAUUUUACGUGUAAAUGCACAAGGAUAUUUUAGUGAAAGAAAUCUAACUCUAAAAAACUGGGGCCAAAAGAGGCAGGAAAUAGCGAGGCAGCGACCUAGUUACUUGCCUCAGUAGACUAGUCCUUGGGAGGGAGAAACAGGAAUAAAAAUGGUUUGGGGGAUACCUGACUGAAUUGCACACGAAGAACCACAAACCUCCAGGUGGUUCCUGUUACAUGUGAUGAACUGCGUGGGAGGCGGGGCCACGUGGGCUGGGGGGGGGGAUGCGGUGCUCACAGGACCCCGGCCCUGAAGGCACGGGGCAGAGAGGCCGGGUUCGUCCGGGUCCCUCUGAGCAGGUCACAGAAGACACGGGGACCACCCUUCACGCGUGCUGUGGGACUCGGGGAGGGGAGCCCUGCCCCCGCCGCACAGGAGCCCGCUGGAGCUCCACCUUGAAAAGCCAGGGAGGAGAGGGACGGCGCAGCCCAGCCGGACAGUGACCAAACGUCGUGGACUUGCUGUGAGCCUGGGGGCUUCCUUUGCAAAGAGCCCCCUUGGCCCCGGCCCUUCUGCUGUGAGGCAGGAAGGGGGUACAGGAGGGGCCCUCCUGGGUGCCUUGGUCCCUUGAGCGAGAACUCGGUGCAUUCCCAGCGUCCGUCUACCUCAAACCGGCGUAGGACGGUUGCCGCGGUGCGUGCGGAGCUCGGGAGCUAGUGGGGCGCAGCGUGCCCUGCGUGGUUCUGCGCGUCGGUCACCACUGGGGUCGGACAUCAGCGCUCCAGGUGAGACCGGUUUCCCGGUGUGUGUGAGCUCCCUCGGGCCACGGUGGGACCCUCGGCGUGUUUCCACCUCGUGGGUUGCCCUUCCCUGCCGCUCCGUCCAGCCUUCCUCUCCCUCCUUCGGGACGCGCGCCCUUCCCGAUGCCGGGCUCGGGUCUGCACGCGGCCGGGAAGGUGAGUCUUCCAACGGGAAGCCCUGUCCUGGCCCCGGAGGCCACGGCGAGUGUAUCCGUGCGACAGGUCCGACUGCACCGUCUGCUCAGACGGAACGGGGGGGGGGGGGGGGGGGGAGGGGGCGACCGCGCAGGCGCGAUGUGCGCGUCAGUCCGUGCGGGCACCCGGGACUCGAACGGCAUCUUCCUGGGAAAGGUGCGUCCAAAGCUGCCCUUCACCUGGUCCUGUCCGGCUGGCCUGGACUUCCCGUUGGUUUCGGAACGUGCCCUUGCGAACGGAGCGGGGUUGAGCCAGUGCAUCAACCGACUCCGGUGGGAGGCGGCGUUGGAGCUGUGCUUCUUGUUGCUGUGUUUCUGGGCUGGGGCAAGGGCGCACGUCUGAGAGUCGCAGUUUAGGUUGAAGUGAUACUGUCGUUUCAAAAUGUUUCACUCGGUUUUAUUGUGUUUUAUGACGUAUUCUUAUAUAACGUUGAAAACAUUACUUCUCGUGCUAAAAGAAAAACAUUUUGUCAGGAUCCUAGUAGCGUUUCCCCAGGUUUGUCCUUUGGAAUGUUUAAAGGGAUGAGAAAUGUCCUAUUAAAAUAAGAACUUUUGAAGGAAAAGGCCAUGUGACUUUACUGUUAGAAGAGCACUUUGGAAGUCCUCAUUUCGUUGAAGAAACCCAACGAGCACGAAAGCACAGGUCGGCGCUGCGUUUCUGCCGAUACCGGCUCUGCGGCGUCACUUAGACUCAGGGCGGAGAGGCCUCCAGCCUCCUUCCCGCCUCAGGGCUGCCUGGGCUCUUGCGGGCCGUCUGCCGUCCCGGGCAGGUCUGGUGGUUUUCUGCUCUAUUUGAGAAACGCCAUUGGGAUUUCUACGAAGGUUGCAGUAACUUUGCACGUUGCUUUGGUUAAUGUGGCCCUUUUAGCUAUGUUGAUUCUUACGUUUCCAUUUCAUUGUGUCUUUUCCAAUCCGUUGUCAUAAUGCUUCGUAGUUUUCAGUAUAUAGGUCCUUCGCAACCUUGAUUACUUUUAUUCCUCAGUUACUGUUUUUUAAGAAAUCUGUUCAGAUGUGAAAAUGCUUUGCCUCACUGAUUUUGUUUUGGAAACUAUUUUUUUAUAAAUUCUAAUUUUAAAACGUC